CAGGACUUGGACCUUGAUCAUCGUAUCUCUUUUCUCAAUUUGUUUCCAUUAACUAACUCACCUGCACAUCAGCCAUGAGUCGAGUACUGGGAUCUCUGAUCAUGGUGUUGUUAGUUUGGAGCUCAGCCAUGGCUGAGCCUUCAUGUCCGAGGGUGAUUCGGGAGGUUGCCCCCUGCCUUCCAUUCUUGCAGGAUGACGGUCCUGCCAAGCCAUCUAAGCGUUGUUGCGAAGGUGUUACGGAGGUAAAUGGAAUGGCGAAAGCCAAAAAAGAUCGGGUCGCCAUUUGUGAGUGCCUUGAGCAGACACUGAAUUUUAUUGAUUACGACCCCAAGCGCAUUCCUCUUCUCGGCAAACAAUGUGGGUUGACCAUCGAUCUGCCUCCUACCGGUCAAAAUACAAACUGUAGCCAGGUGGCUUAUUAAGCAUGGGCAUGCCUCCAACUACAAAAUAAAUGCCUUCUCUUAAUAUUCGUCCUACAAAAUUAAGCUUAUUAUGAGGGAAUGAUGUAACUUCAUAUGUAUGGUUGUAUGAAGGUAUACAUACCUUCUAGUUAAUAAUAUUUUCUGCAAGACUUGGAAUUUUAGAUUUA